AUGGCUGUCGCUGUAAAAGAGUGCCUGGAGCUCCAGCUGCUGGAAGUGGAAAUGCUCCUUUCAAUGUUUCCCAAAAAAGGUGAAAUAAAGCUGGAUGAGGAUGCUGUGCCCGGCGUGCAGAGCUACCUGAGAAAUGCUGAUGGAGCUCUGCCCCCACAGCUGGAAUACUCAAUUGCUGUUGAUGUAGGGGAGGCAAAGGUAAAAGUGGAAUUGCAGGUACUGCUGCCUCAUAUGUAUCCUCACGUGCCGCCUCAGCUUUUUGCAAGAUCAAGUGCGCUGCACAGACAGCAGCAGUUGCAGCUCAACACUGGUCUCGCGUCUCACAUCAGCUCUUUGGAUUCGGGUGAACUGUGCGUAUGUGAAGCUGUGCAGUGGGUGAAGGACAACAGCCUGCCUUACCUGGAAGAUGGUAAGAUCUCUUCUGAAAGUGCUUCAGAAGAAGUUGUGGUCAAAGAAACAUUGCAUCGCAUGUGGAUCUACAGCCAUCAUAUCUAUAGGCAGGAAUUGAGGAAGAAGAUUUUUGACUGUGCAAAGAAGUUAAAUCUGACUGGCUUCUGCCUAACAGGGAAACCUGGAGUCAUCUGUGUGGAGGGACUUAGAGAAAACUGCGAAGAGUUCUGGCGUGUCAUUAGGUAUCCCAACUGGAAGCAUAUUUCAUGCAAGCACGUGGAGAAUAUAGAAACGGAGGGAAGCAUCGAUAAUCUUCGUCUCUUUCCUGCCUUUGAAGACCUACAGUUUCAGGCACAUGGUGAUUAUGGCCUGAGGAACGACUAUCACAUGGAUCUUGGCCAGUUCCUAGAAUUCCUGAAACAACAUCAAAGUGGACACGUUUUCCAGAUUUUAUUUGGUGUUGAAGGCAAACUUUCAGACAAAUAA